AUGAAGUCUCUCAUACCAGUAGUUGUUUCCUUGACUCUUGCAGCCUCUGCUCUAGCACAGCUUGGUGUUACGUUUAAUCCCCCAACACCAACACAAUGUGGUGUGGAAAGAAUUAUAAUGAAUGGAGGCACUCUAUGCCUUUUGCAGCACCCUAUACUAUUUAUUACUGGAAAAGGUGCUGCUAAGACAGAAAUAUACACUACACAAUCAAACACGUUCACAUGGACUGAGGAUUUCAGAGCUGGUGUAACUGUUGGAGUUCAUGUUGAAGGUUUUGGCCGGAAAGGGAAGGCUAAGGGAGAUAUUCCUGGUGUCAGAGUUGCAGCUGGUAGAUCUGGAUGUAAUCUUGUUAGCUAG